AUGGCUCGCCCCGGAUCCACCCGGCAAAUCCACAUCAUCACCCAAACCCACCAAGACAAUGGCAGAGCUGCAGCGACGACACCUGAGGCAGGGAAAUGA